AUAGCCCAUACAUGCCCGUUGUUGUAAUUUGUAUUAUUACUUUCAGCCUUUUCACCACUCGUAUUUGAACGGCGUCAGAAGCAAGGUCGGGGGACUCUCAGCUCACUUAAGAAAACUGUUCCAUUCGUUUGAGUGCCGUUUGUUGUAACUUGGAAUAAGUUGAUUACCUUCUCCAAAUUUCUGUGUAGAUUUUAGUUUUAUAAAAACAUAUAAAUCAUAAUGGCUGAUAGAGUGAAACCUAUGGGAAUGGACCGUGCCCUCAUCAGUAAGGAAGCAUCAUCGCCAUCCAAAGUCAACAGCUUCCGAAGUGCACCGCUCAGGCGGCAACCAUCUGCUGACAAUCCUUACAAACGGAUGGGCGCUAAGUAUGACUCAGGACUUGAGUAUGAGGUCAGAGGAUGGAUUAAACAAUUGAUUGGAGAAGACAUCGGAGAAGGUCCAUCUAAUGUUGAAAAAAGUUUGAGGGACGGUGUAAUUCUUUGCAAUUUGAUGAAGAAGGUAAUCGAUGGAACCCCAUCUGAGAGUCUCCCAGCAGCCUGUGCCAAAACAGACCUAAAAUCAUCACCAAGCGAAUUGCCUUUCAAACAGAUGGAAAAUAUUGAAAAGUUUUUAAAGGCAGCUCACAAAUACGGAGUACCAAACACAAGUUUAUUCCAAACAGUAGAAUUAUAUGAAGCUAGAAAUCUCCCUAUGGUUUUAGCUACAAUCUCACACGUAGGCACAGAGGCCCAAAGACAUAACUACCAGGGACCGACGAUAGGCUCAAAACCAACAGAAAAACACCAAGUCCAAUUUUCGUAUGAGCAACUUAAGCAAAGCCACGGCACAAUUGGUCUUCAGAGCGGUACAAACAAAUUUGCAACACAAAAGGGAAUGAGAAUAGGAUCCAUUCGCCAUAUAUCCGACAUCAAGGCAGAUGAUCUUCUCAAAGAAGGAAACACUUUAUUAACACUUCAAGCUGGUACUAACAGAUUCGCUAGUCAAAAGGGAAUGACCGGUUUCGGAGCUGUCAGACAUAUAGCCGACAUCAGGGCUGAUCAAUUUGACAAAGACGGAGAAAACAUUAUAACACUGCAAGCUGGAACAAACAAAUUUGCAAGUCAGAAGGGCAUGACCGGAUUUGGUGCUGUCCGUCAUGUGUCAGAUAUCAGAGCCGACGAUUUCGAUCCCGCAACUCAGUCACACAUUGGUCUUCAAGCCGGAUCAAACCAGUUCGCAUCACAGAAGGGAAUGACAGGAUUUGGCGCUGUACGUCAUAUUUGCGACAUCCGAGCUGAUGACCUCGAUAGAGAAGCUCAAGCAGAAAUUCCACUACAGUACGGUACAAACAGGGGAGCUAGCCAGAGAGGAAUGACAAGCUUUGGUAGUCAGAGGCAUAUUGCAGACAUCAAAGUAUCAGAUUUAGCCGAAGACAUGAAACGUCAAGAUUUAAAUAUGACGCCAAAGGAAUACCAAGCCUUCCGUCAACAAAUGGAAGCCACGGAACAAAAGAACGAAGAACCACAAUACGAAUAAAAUCACCUCAGACUGUCUCAUCGCUCAGUGACAUUCAAAAGACCUUUAAACGACGUCGUUUUAAAUGCAUGGAACAAACUUUCAAGACCUAUAAUUAUUUCCAUGCUUGUGGUAAAAAGUUCAUAUCAUUGACAAAAAUAUAUAAAUUUUUAUUUUCUAUAUUUUUAUCAAUCAAAUCUUAGACUCUUCUUUUUCUGUCGCUUACCUUCGCUUGCUCCCCUCGGAUUGUUGUGCUUUUCUCGGCAGGCCUGCAAAGCGGAUAUCCGGAGCCGCACAGUCUUUCAUCUGUCAAAGAUGUGAAAAGUUUCUUCUUACAUUGAUGGAUACCUACAUGACUAUUUUUGUACUGUAUUAUAUAGGAUAAACUUUUAACAAAUUAUUUAUUACUCUGUACGUACAUGGUAACAAAUGUGAAAAUCUUGCUAUGUUGUGAUCGAAUAAAAUGUUAUAAUUUUACAAGUUCCUAGUAAAACAAUAUUCUUUAGAAUACAUAAACCUCUUCUAUAGAAGUCAAAAGGUCCCUCCCUACCUGUACUCCUAGUCAUAGGUGUUUCAUGCAUUUGAGGUCGUUAUUAUAUAGACCAGAAUACAUGAGCAAAGAUGGAACACGAUUUUAUAUAUUCUACAAGGUACAAAUGGACACUUACCAGAUUGAAUAUAAAAAUAAUUCGAUAACUAAUUAGGUAUAAUUCUGUAGUAACAACUAUCUAAUAUAAUAUAUUUGAAAAAGGAAAGGGGAAAUAUGUUUUGUAUUAGAAAUUCUGGGAUUCAGUUUUAAAGUUUAAAUGGCUUUAUACAUUUCACCAUUCUUCCCUUUACUAAAGUACAAGCUGCUCGUCAUUGUAGUGCAUGUCAAUCAGAAACACUAAAUUAGCCGUACUUUCCCAUCAAAUUCAAUAAUGAGCAACCUCUUAAAAAAAUGCUCAUAUUUUCUUGUUAAAUACUCCACCUGCUCAUAUCUAUUAUACAAAAGGAAUGAAAAUUUCAGGAAAAUUUGUGGCCCAAAUUGAAGGAGAUAAAGUUUGUAGAUAAUACAGCUUGUUUUCGAAUUUUGAACCUCUUCUUAAAGGCAUAAACCUACUUCGUGUUUUUAUGCAAAUGUAUUAUGUAUGCAUAUUUUUAGGCGGACUUCUCCCAAUACUGGAAUAUUGUGGAAUUCUGUAAUGUGCCUUAAAUUCAUACAAGAUAUGACUUUAUCCACUUCAGGAUAAUAUACGUAUGGAGUAUUUCAAAUAACUAAUUUCCAUCAUAUAUAAGAAAUUUAAGUAAUCAUUUAAGGGCGUAAAUGUUGGUAAGGGAGAUUACUGUUACACAUGUUUUAAUUCAUUUGUGCGUUUUUACCAGUCAGUUAUUGAAACGGUAAUAAAGCAUCUCUGUAAGUUA